GCGUGGGCUUCUGGGAUAGAAGAGUAUCCAUCGAUGAACACUUCAGAAUCUGGGCUGAAGCAGUAGGACAUCCGGGGAUUUCUCGCCUACUCUUUUAGGAAUACUGCGGUUUCUAACAUUCUUCUUUCUUCACGUACUCUUUUUUUCCUACUAUAUAGUGGGUGAGGCGGUCAGAGUCCGCCGGUGAUCGGUGAGCUCGUGGAAUGCGGAAGCAGGACUCAUUACAGCUUGACAGGUGUCGUAGCAGGUUAUUUGGAAGAGACAAACAUGUGGCCAAAUCAAGGACCUCCAGCCGCUGGGCCGCCCAAUCCUGCCUUUCCUUCUCCUCCAAACCCAGCGUACCCAGCCAUGCCCGGACCCAACCCCGUCUAUCCACCCAUGAACCAUCCCACGACCAUCCCGUACCCCGCGCCCAACCAGCCGUUCCCCCCGGCGGGGCCCUUCCCCGGGGCCGCUCACCCCUGCCCCGUCCCUCAGUACGGGGGCCACCCCGCGGGAGUCCACGCACCUGGACACAAGAAACACAAGAAGAUGAAGAAAGGCCAUAAAGCUCAUAAAGCUCACAAGGAGCACAAACACAUGAAACAUGGCAAGCAUUCCUCAUCCAGCAGCAGCAGCAGCAGCAGCAGUGAUUCUGACUGAAGACAAGCACUCACACACAACCUGCUCUCUGUCUGCGUCUGAUCUCACGAGUGUCAGGGCUGAUAAAUCAAGCCCAGCGGCUAUACAAUCGAUAAUCAAAUGCAGUAAUGUAUUGCACUUAAGUAUAUUUAUGUGUUUCUGUGAGUCUGAAUGCUUUUCUUAAUUACAUUUACAAGAAAAAAGUAAUAAUCAGCUUUCCGUGUGAAGAGAUCACAUUUAAUUAUAACUUUUGCUGAACUUGACUCAGUUGUGAACAACAUACUGAAAUGUCAGACAUCUGCCUCCAUUUGAGAAUGGACAACUGUAAUUAAACAAGCUCACUUUGUUUAUGCAUUAAGGAGAAAAGUCCCAGAUAGCACACACACAUACGUCUGCAAGACGUCUGGAAAACAUCUGCUGUGCACAAACAUCUGAU